UUUUUUUUUAUAUUUCUCCACUCUCUUUCUUACACUUUUUUUAGAAAAUAGAAGAAAAAAAUGAUUACUGCUUUCAUCAGUCAUCAAACUAGAAGGGUUCCACGUCAAGCUUUCCGCAGUGUUACAGCUAUCCGCUCAUUGGCUUUACAACAUAACCCUGUUGUCGAAAAGGAUUGUUCUUCCAUCACACCUCCUUAUGCCAAAUUAACCAAGAACUUGGAUCUCGUCAAGCGUGUUUUAAAUCACCGUCCUUUGACUUUGGCCGAAAAGGUCGUGUAUUCUCAUUUAACCAACCCUGAAGAAACCAUCCCCGUACGUGGCGAGACUUACCUCAAGUUAUCUCCUGAUCGUGUCGCUAUGCAAGAUGCGUCUGCACAAAUGGCGCUUUUACAAUUCAUGUUGUCUGGUAUGCCUACCACCGCUGUACCUAGUUCAAUUCAUUGCGAUCAUUUAAUUGCUGCCAACGAAGGUGCUGAUAAGGAUGUCGCUGAAUCCAUCAUCGCCAAUAAGGAAAUCUUUGACUUUUUGGAAAGUGGUGCUAAAAAGUACGGUGUUGCCUUCUGGAAACCCGGAAGUGGUAUCAUUCAUCAAAUUGUCUUGGAGAAUUAUGCUGCCCCCGGUGGUUUGAUGCUUGGUACUGAUAGUCAUACUCCCAAUGCUGGUGGUUUGGGUAUGGUUGCUAUUGGUGUGGGUGGAGCUGACGCUGUAGAUGCUAUGGCUGCUAUUCCUUGGGAAUUGAAGGCUCCUAAUGUCAUUGGUGUCAAAUUAACCGGUCGUUUAGGUCCCUGGGCCAGUCCUAAGGAUGUCAUUUUAAAGAUGGCAGGUCAAUUAACCGUCCGUGGUGGUACUGGACAUAUUAUUGAAUACUUUGGCGAAGGUGUUGAAACUUUGUCCUGUACUGGUAUGGCUACCAUGUGUAACAUGGGUGCCGAAGUAGGUGCUACUACCUCUCUUUUCCCUUAUACAUCCACCAUGCGUUCUUACUUGAACUCCACCGGUCGUCGUGCUGUGAGUCAAGCUGCUGAUGCCAAUGCUCCCUUCUUACGUGCUGAUACAGGUGCUUAUUACGAUAAGGUCAUUGAGAUCAACUUGUCUGAAGUCGAACCCCAUAUCAAUGGUCCUUUCACACCCGAUUUAAGUACUCCCUUGAGUAAGUUCAAGGAUUUCAUUGCAGAGAAUGGAUGGAAGGAUGAUCUUACCUCUUCUUUGAUCGGAAGUUGUACCAAUUCAUCUUAUCAAGAUAUGUCCCGUGCUGCUUCGAUUGCUAAGCAAGCUACAGAUGCUGGUGUCAAUAUCAAGUCUCAAUUCUUGGUCACCCCUGGUUCUGAACAAAUUCGUGCUACCAUUGAACGUGAUGGACAACAAUUGGUGUUUGAAAAUGCUGGUGGACAAGUGUUGGCUAAUGCAUGUGGUCCUUGUAUCGGACAGUGGAAGCGAUCUGAAAAGAAGGGAGAAGAAAAUGCAAUUUUAACCUCUUUCAACCGUAAUUUCCGUAGUCGUAACGAUGGCAAUGCUCAAACCAUGAAUUUCUUGGCCGCUCCCGAAAUUGUGACAGCCAUGGCAUUUGCAGGCAAAUUAUCCUUCAACCCUAUGACCGAUGCCUUAAAGGAUAAGAAUGGUAAAGAUUUUCAUUUCAAUCCUCCUACUGGUGAUGAUCUCCCUACCCAUGGUUUCGAAGCUGGACGUGCUACCUAUGAACCUCCUUCCCCUACACCUACCCCCGAUGCCUCUGUUCAAAUCUCCAUCGAUCCCAAAUCCAACCGUCUUCAAGCUUUAGACGCUUUCCAACCCUGGAACGGUGAAGAGUUCAAGGAUAUCCGUGUCCUUGUCAAGGUCAAAGGAAAGUGUACCACCGAUCACAUUUCUGCCGCCGGUCCCUGGUUAAAGUUCAAGGGCCAUUUGCAAAACAUUGCUGAAAAUACAUUGAUUGGUGCCCAAAAUGCUGAUAACGGUAAAGUCAACGUGGUGACGGAUAUCACCACUGGAAAGGAAGAUACCAUCCCUGAAGUGGCUAAGAGUUACAAGAAUCAAGAUAUGGAAUGGACUGUCAUUGCCGAUCAUAACUAUGGUGAAGGUUCCGCUCGUGAACAUGCUGCCUUGCAAGUGCGUUACUUGGGUAGUCCCAUGAUUAUCUCUCGUUCUUUUGCACGUAUUCAUGAGACCAACUUAAAGAAGCAAGGUGUCUUACCCUUGACUUUUAAGAACGAUGCGGAUUAUGAAAAGAUCAAUGGAGGUGAUGUGAUUGAAACUGAAGGUCUCAAGACACUGGCUCCCGGUUCCCCUGUCAAGUUGAUCGUAACAAAGCCUGACGGUUCCAAGUUAUCUAUUGAUGCCGUUCAUACCUUGAGUGAAGAUCAACUCCAAUGGAUUCGUGAAGGUUCUGCAUUAAAUCUUAUCAAGAAGAAUGUUGCUGCUCAGCAAUAAGUUAGAAUUUUAUUUUUAUUGUAAUAUAUUUUUUAAAAAGAAAAAACCCCGUAUCAUAUAAUAAAAAUGGGGGUUAAACCAAAUACCAAAAGAAAAAAAAAA